CAUCUGGUCCCCUGUCAGGUAAAUCUGGACUGGCCUUUCUUUCUAAGGCGGGGCUUAAACUUUGGCCACUUUUUCGAAAAACUACAUUCAACAGUUUUAGGUCACUUUUGAAGUCAGCCCUUUUGAAGCUGCAACCACGUACGGCUCUCUCUAGGAUUUUAACUUUCAGGAAUAACGGGCCAGCAUGUUGAAGUUCAUAUGUGCCAUUAUUACCAGAGCGUUAUUUAUCCUCGUCUCUCUGACCGGCGUCUGGAGGGUGACAUGGGUGAAGAAAGAUUACAGUUACUGGUUCCUGACCUGCCUGUUUCUGCCGCUUGUCAUUGAAAUGACAAUAACGCUAAAGAGUCGAAAAGGAAAAGAUUACAAAUGGUUUUCUCCUCCUAUCUUUCUGUUUCUCAUAAGUAUCAUUCCCUCCAUCUGGAUCCUGGAGCUCCACCACCAGCAGGACAAAGCCAGCGACCCUCAGUGCAAAAAGCUGGAUUCAUGGGAUAAUCUGCGAAAAGUGAUCACUCUGAACAAGACCCUGGGGAACGGAAACCUCACAUACCAGGACUACCUGAAGAAUUUUGACCAGGUGUUAUCGGCUGUCUGUUCCAACGACUGGAUCCUGGCUCUCCAUCAGAUCCUGCUCAUCCUCCUCAUCAUUGGGAAGUGGCUCCUCCCGCUGGGAGGCGGAGUCACGCGAGACGAGCUCUCACAGCUUCUCCUAAUUUUUGUUGGCACUGCGGCAGACAUUCUUGAAUUUACUAGUGAGACGCUGUCAGAUGUCAAAGAGAACAGUCAUCAGAUGGUCUACAUCAUCUUAGCUGUAUGGACCUGGAGCAUGCUGCAGUUCCCCUUGCAUCUGGCUGUGGUGAACUCAAAGCCAGACAGUGAGGGUGAGCAUGGGGUCCAGGAGCCGUCCCUCUUGACUAACCACAGCACGGACAUGUGGAGCAUCUUGGAGGCCUUGUUUAUCCAGGACGGGCCUUUCCUGGUGGUCAGGCUCACGGUUAUGACCUACUUCGAAGUCUUCCACCAGAUGUUGGUGUUCUUUGCGAUCAAGAACUUCCUGGUGGUCAUACUGAACUUGUACAGGUUGGUUGUUCUAUGCCAGGACUCCAGCAGAAGAGUGAGCCGGGACAUCGCUAUCCCAUGAGAUUGCAAGUCAUCUCAACGGGGGGAUCGGGAGAUGGAGAGAUGUUACACCCAAAGUUUUACAGUGGACUGGCAAAAACUGCAAUUGGAUCAGGAAAAUAAGGAAGUGCUUGCUCUGUGUUUUCUUCUCAGACUGUACUUAACUCUAUAGGAUCAAGGUUGUAAAUAAUUAACGCUGUUGGGAGCAGAAAACUGUGAAAAACCGUUUUCUUACAAUUGCAACGUCAACAACAGCAUCUGACUAAUUCCGACGCUCAUACCCUUAUUGACAUUUCAGUCCCUCUGAAGCUAACCUCGGCCCACUCAAUUAAAACCACCAUUUAAUCAGUAUUUAAGCUUGUCUGUGUGCAUAAACAUGCUGGUUUAAAGGUUGUGUAUGAAGAAGCCUUACUAGUCAGAUUGCUACUAGUAUGACAUUAAAAUAAUAGACAUGAGGCUAACAGCAAGCUGGGGACACAGACAAAAAGAAGAAAGCAGAGCAUAACAGGUAAAAAGGUGUGGGGUAAACAGAUAAUGCAUAAGCCUGUCAGCAAAAUAAAUGGAACAAAUGAAGCCUGAAAACACCACCUGUACCAGCAUACAGCAACUGAAACCAGCCAGGCUACUGUUUAGAUAAAGAUUGGAUAGAUUUCUUACAGUGGGAUUCCCGGCAUUGUGUUGAGCGGAAGCGAGGACGGAAGCAGGAAGAGCGGAUGACAGAGUGAUAUACUAGAUGACAUAAAGCCUGUGAAGUGUUGACUGAAGACGAGAUCAAGGGAACAUUAUUUCAAAAACAAAUAUGUCCUUGGAAUACAACUUUUACACAAGCGGUGGAUUUAAGAUCUCAAAACUUUAUCACUAUGUGUUCUGUGGAAAAUGCUGUAUUAUUUUACAAUAGUAUUUGCUUAUUCAACCUGUAUUGUAUCUUAUACACAGACAAAAACACAACUAUGUACUGUACUUCUACUCUAAGCUCUUCUUUCAAAGAACAAUUUAUGUAAGCUGGUUGAUCUCUUGCCUGACAUCUAACACAAGGUCUUGCUUACAGUAACAGCUACUCUUAGUAUUAAAAGGAACAUCCACCUAAAUAAACAAAUUAACAUUG